AUGCAGGCCGCGCUCGUCUACGUGAAUAUUAAUGUUUACCUCGAAGAUCUUCUCGAGAAUGACGUCCGCCUUCGGAAAUGGCCCGCAGAUGUGCAAAGCGAAAGAAACCGGACUAUCUCGGGAAAGGCCAACGGAAUGUACGGGCUGCUUCUGGCACCGCAAAUUCUAGUUGCGAUUCAAGAGCAAGAAGCCCAAAGUAUCCGACUGUUUGAUCCCAUUCUGGAUCUCGAGGACCCUAUCAUUGAAUUGGCACGUUUUUUGGUCCAAGACUUGCUGCUGUCUGGCCGCUGUUUCCUACGCAGUUUCUUCUCUACAAAUGCAGGUUAUACAUUGAUGGCUGAAAUAUCAUUGAUUUAUACACUUCAUGCGGGCCACGAGGCUCUCCCUCGGUCUGGACCUCAAACUGCGGACGGGAAACGCAUUGCAAGGUCAGAUCUGAAUCUUAUGCACGCCACCGAUACAGAUUUGCGACGAGAGUCUUCACGUUGUGACCAACAAGGCUCGUACGCUUGCGCUUGGUGGUAUCGACAUGUCGUGGCGUUGCCAGAGAGUGGUUUGUCGCAAGGAAUAAUUUAUAUGUCUGUAUAUUUAUUUGAAAACACUAACAAUGUCCGCGAACAGUGGCUGAGGCUUCACAAUCCGAAUCCUUUUUCGUGGUGUCUGUAUGCCUGGAUUCGUGGCAUGAUUUCCGCGACGGAGUUUCGCAUCGAGGACGGAGUGAGCUCGCCCAUUUUCUGGGCCGCUGUCACUGGCCUUCUGCCGGUUGUGGAAUCGCUUAUUCAACGUGGCAAAGAUGUCAAUCAAUUCAGCAGAGGAUGGCGAGAUAUCGAACUUGCAGGGGAAGAAAACUUAGCCGACCAUGGUCAGGUCGUACGUCUGCUUUUGUCCCAUGGUCUCGAUGAAUACCAAAGCCUCUCAUAUGCUUAUGACGGUGCAUACGCUGAGUUAUUAGAUCUGCUCUUAGGCGCCGGAGUCUCACCUAACUCGCCAAACAAAUGGGGCGACACUUUGUUGCAUCGAGCUUUACUCGACAACGCCCCAGUUCAAUUCGAUACCUUGAUGAAACAUGGUGCCGAAAUCGCCACUCCCGAUUGCUAUGGGCGCAGCUGUUUCGAUUAUUGCCUGGGGUAUCCUGCGGGGAAAUUACAGGGGUUCAAGAUUUCCCCAGUUGACCACAGUUCAACAAGGAUUGAUGUCCAGAAACAGCGCCUUCGUCACACGGUCAUGUUCAGCAUUGAGACGGCCCUGGAGGGUGGACUUGGUGAAAACCAUGUUGCUCUAAAUCGGCUGGGUCACUCUGUCUUGCACACCUAG